AUGUCCAUUGAGAAGAAUCUCGAUCAGAUUCACAUACCAACACUUUGCUUUGGUGACAUCACUCGAGACGAAAUUAACGAUGUACUCAAGAUUGCCGGUGUUUCGUUGUAUCCUCCGGUUAAGACACCGUUUGUAACUGGUAUCGAACAACAAAAAGCGCCGGUUGUCAUUCAAUCCCCUAAACCAGUUGUUCAAAAGGAAGUUAAUCCUACAGUUAAUAAAUCCGAAACCACGAAUUACACCAUUAUUGCGAAAGAUAAGAAGGAGCAAAUUCAAGCGGCUCAACAGCACCAGCAAAAGCUUACACCCACUAAGAAAGAGAAGAAACAACAACAACAACAACAACAACAACAUUCGAAAUAUCAGCCAUUAUCAACUGCAAUUGCUACCACUACUACUCAUAAUGCUACGGCUACAAACGCAGCUACUGCGCCAGCUACACCUAUUGAAAAUGGAAUGUUGUCUCCCGCAGUAACAACACCUGUUAUUAGCAAUACUGAACCAGCAUCACCACAACCAAAAAUUACCAAAGCACCUGUUUCUAGUUGGGCGGCUUUAUUGAAAAAACCUGAACCUGUUAAGAGACCGGCUGGGGCAUCAGCAUCAUCGACAGCACAGCAAUCACAGCCUACUGCUGUCAAUGGUACUGCCGCUAAUGGUAAAGUGCAAAUAUCGAAAAAGCCUACUACCCCUACACCAACAAUCUCGACUAGAUUUACUGGUCUUGCAGAUAUGAUUAGCAAAUAUGAACCGAAUUAUACUGCACCUUUGAUACAGCCUCGAGGAUUGAUCAACAAUGUCAAUACUUGCUUUAUGAAUGUCAUCCUUCAACCAUUAUUGCAUUGUGCGCCAUUUUAUAAUCUCAUAAAAACAAUUAGUAGUCAAGUGGUGCACAGUUUCAAAAGCAAAACUCUUUUGUUGGAUUCAAUUAUCGAGUUUAUCAAUGAGUUCCCAAUUGAAAAACCAGAUGACCUGGAACCUUAUGGUGAACCUUUUGUACCUGAAUAUGUUUAUAAUGCGUUGAGGGAACAGCAAAAAUUCGAUACAUUGCGCGGCCGACAAGAAGAUUCUGAAGAAUUUCUAUGCUUUUUGUUGGAUGGUUUACAUGAGGAAAUGACAGCAGUUUUGAAAGAGCAAAACGAUAAAAGGGAGGCAGAGGCUGCUGCUGCCAAAGCAGCUGCCGGUAAUAAUGAUGAAUGGUUGGAAGUGGGUGCGAACAAUAAGACAAGCAACCUACGUCCAGCAGUGGGUUUUGAAGAAUCAUUCAUCACUAAAAUUUUCAGUGGAAAAGUAAGGUCGAUUUUAAGGUGUCCAGGUGCUAAAGAUUCCAUCAAUCUGGAGCCUUUCCAAUCCUUCCCGUUGGAUAUUCAACCUGAGAACGUCCAUUCUAUCGAAGAUGCCAUUGCCAUCCAAACUCUACCAGAGACGAUGCACGAUUAUACUUCGCCGAAAGGAUUAAAAGUAGACGCAACAAAGCAGGUGUAUUUAGAACAUUUGCCCCCGGUGCUUGUUUUACAUAUGAAACGGUUUGUAUUUGAUAACGUUGGAGGUGUACAAAAAUUAUGUAAAAGAGUAAAUUAUGGCUCUAAACUGGUCAUUGACCGUGAGUGGAUGGCACCCCCAUCUCGACCGGUAGAGCCUAUUACUUAUCAACUCAUUGGCUGCGUAUAUCAUCACGGUACUUCCGCUGGUGGAGGGCAUUAUACUUGUGACAUUCGAAGACGCAAUGGCGAAUGGCUUCAUAUAGAUGAUACAAAUAUCACUUCUGUCUCUGAGAAGGAUGUUUUGGUUAACGAAGAAGACAAUACCCACACAUCUGAAAGAUCAAAUGCUGACAAUCAAACAGCGUAUAUUUUGUUUUAUGUUAGAUCGUCAUAA